AUGAAAUCCUUGACCAUCCUUGGGACGGUUCUCUUGGGGCUUCUCGCUCCAAUAACCACCACAAUAGCGAUUCCCGCUGAGAUCGCUGAGCUUGCACCUUUCACGCCAAAACGAAAUGGCCUCGAGGAACGACAAUCGCCAGCGUCGUGUGUCAAUGUCGGCAAUACGGCUAAUACGAGGCAUUGUUGGGCUCCUGGUUUUACGUCUUCCACGGACAUGUACACCUCUUGGCCCAAUACCGGCGUGGUCCGCUCCUACAACCUACGCAUUGAGAAUACGACGUGCAAUCCCGAUGGUGCUGGAUCAAGGGUAUGCAUGUUGAUCAAUGGAAGAACUCCAGGUCCUACCAUCGUUGCCAACUGGGGCGAUACCAUCAGGGUCACUGUUCGCAACAUGCUCCAAUCCAAUGGCACUUCCAUUCACUGGCAUGGCUUCCGUAUGCUCAACAAGAACAUCCAGGAUGGUGUUAACGGAAUUACCGAAUGUGCGCUAGCACCUGGUGAUCUCAAGACGUACGAGUUCCAGGCAACUGAAUACGGCACGACCUGGUAUCACUCGCACUUCUCGCAUCAGUAUGGAGACGGAGUGGUCGGAACGGUCAUCGUGAACGGCCCUGCUACCGCGAACUAUGACGAGGACCUUGGGGUCAUGCCAAUCACCGACUGGUUCUACAAGACCGCAUUCCAAGCCGCUUCUAUAGCAUUCCAGAACGGGCAGGCUGGGUUGGGCCCGCCAGCACCUGACAACAUCCUGAUCAACGGCACUUCCAAGAAUGCGGCAGGUGGCGGUGCUUAUAAUCGAGUGUCGAUUCAAGCGGGUAAACGGUACCGUCUGCGACUUGUGAACACCGCAGUCGAUACCAGCAUGACUGUGAACCUUGAUGGCCAUCCUUUCCAAGUCAUCGCAAACGACUUCGUCCCCAUCGUCCCAUACAACACCACUCAUCUCCAACUUGGUAUCGGCCAACGUUACGACGUAAUCAUUACCGCCAAUCAGACAGCUGGAAACUACUGGUUCCGUGCCGACGCCAAUGGCCUUUGUCAGUCGCGCGCCGCUCUCCAAGGACGCGCCAUCUUCACCUAUCAAGGUCAGACGGUGGCUGAUCCCACUUCGACUGCUCCAGCCAAUCCCUUUACGCUCUGUGCUGAUCCGAUCACAACACCGAAAGUCGCAAAGAAUGUGCCCAGCACGACGUUCGCCGCCCAAGCCAAGAACCUUCCCGUCGCUUUCGGGCCAGUGGCAGCAAAUGGCAACACAGUCCUGUGGACCAUCAACGGCACUUCCAUCAUCAUUGACCCCGGAAAGCCGACCGUUCAAUAUGUCGCAGAAAACAACAACAGCAUCCCGCAAUCGUAUAACGUUGUGCAGGUACCAUCAACCUCGGCAUCCACUUGGACUUACUGGGUCGUACAACAGGCUGUUGGAGCACCACCUAUCGCCCAUCCCAUCCAUCUUCACGGUCACGACAGCUAUGUUCUCGGCGGCGGUGAUGGUCAAUUCAGCAUGGCAACCCACUUUAGCUCGCUACGCUUCACUAACCCACCGCGUCGGGAUGUUGUUCAGCUCAGAGGUAAUGGCUGGCUUGUUCUCGCGUACCCGACAGAUAACCCCGGUGCUUGGCUCAUGCACUGCCAUAUCGCCUUCCACGUCGGCAUGGGUCUUGGCAUCCAGUUCCUGGAGCGCAAGUCAGAGAUUAAUCUUCCAGCUGCUGGCUCUGAAUGGAAGCAGAACUGCGCUAACUGGGCUGCAUACAAGGCUGGGACGACGGAUGUCUGGCCUCAGGAUGACUCUGGUCUCAAGAAGCGCUGGCCUCCUCUCAUUGAGGGCACCUCGUCGUUCAAGCUGGACUAG